AUGUCAUCAUUCCCUCCUAAUUGGGAUCCCAUGGAUGAUGAUGAUACUAGUGAUGAGGAAAUUGAAGAACAAAUGAUGGCAAGCAUGAUGUGGGUGACUCAAAAGAUAGUCGAAAUACGUCAAAAUUCUUCCCAACCGAGAAAGAGACGGAGAUAUAUUGAUAGGAACCAUGAGUCAGGCCACAAUCGUUUAGUCACGGAUUACUUCUCUGAUGAGCCGGUGUUCCAUGAAGACAUCUUUCGUCGACGUUUUCGAAUGAGGAAAGAAUUAUUUUUACGCAUUGUCAAUGCAUUGCAAAGUCGUUAUGAAUAUUUUCAACAAAGACCCCAACAAAGACAAAGUGCUGCUAAAGUGAUGGGUUUAUCACCACUACAAAAGAUCACUGCGGCCAUUCGACAAUUGGCAUAUGGCACACCACCUGACACAAUGGAUGAGUAUCUAAGCAUGGGUGAAACAACCGCCGUAGAAUGCUUAUCUAACUUCUGCCGAUGUGUCAUUGAUGUUUUUGGAGCUCAAUACUUGAGAAGAACAAAUGCCAAAGACACUGCCCGAUUGCUUCACAUGCAUGAGCAAAAACACGGCUUCCCGAGAAUGCUCGGGAGUCUUGAUUGCAUGCAUUGGGAGUGGCAAAAUUGCCCGGUGGCAUGGAAAGGUCAAUUUACAAGAGGUGAUCAUGGAGUUCCAACCAUUAUGCUAGAAGCAGUCGCAUCAACAAACUUGUGGAUAUGGCAUGCAUUCUUCGGCGUCGCAGGUGUUAUGAAUGAUAUCAAUGUAUUAAAUCAAUCACCUUUAUUCAAUGAUGUCUUGCAGGGAUAUGCACCGGAGGUUAAUUUUACUGUGAACGGUACUGACUACAAAAGAGGUUAUUAUCUCACAGACGGUAUCUACCCACAAUGGUCGAUGUUCGUGAAGAGUUUUCCAUGUCCAGCAGAUCCUAAAAGAAUAUUGUUUAAACAAAAACAAGAGGCUGCAAGAAAAGAUGUAGAGAGGGCUUUUGGGGUGUUACAAGCUCGAUGGGCAAUGGUUAGAGGUCCUGGACGAUUUUGGUACCGGGAAAACUUGAGAGAAAUAAUGUAUACUUGCAUUAUUUUACACAACAUGAUUGUUGAUGAUGAAGGUGACAACGUAAGUAAUUGGGUGAACGAAGAAGAUGUAGCAACGGCACAAGCAUCACAAGGCUCAACUGAAGAGUUUCAACAAUAUUUACAAAGAAAUUCCGAGUUACAUGACUCGCAAUUGCAUCAUCAACUUCGUGCGGACUUGGUUGAGCAUAUAUGGAGCAACAACGGGAAUUAA